GUGAUACUCAACUUUCACACCUAAUCGUACAUUACUACCGUUACCAAUGGCAUCUGACUUGGACGCGCAGCCUUUGCUGCGGCCUUCCACCAGGCAAGCUGGAACGGAGGGCACAACCGCCACCGUAUCCAUCUCUUCCAAUGCGCGCAUUUCAAUUACAAGUCUACCGCACUCUGCGUCUGAUUCGGACUCUCACGAGCAUGAGGACGAUGUGGACUUGACGUAUACAUACGCAUACGGCCCAUCGGGACUCCUAGGUCUCCUGCAUAACAAGUACGCGCUGGGGUGCGCUCUGUUUGCUAGUAUAGGAGGCUGGGUGUUUGGGUAUGACCAGGGAGUGAUAGCCAAUGUACUGGUUAUGAAAGAGUUUCUCCUACGGUUCCCGGUAGGUGCUUGGGAGAAGGGGGUCCUCACUGCCUCGCUCGACCUGGGGGCUCUUGUCGGCGCUCUACUCUCUGGGCUAGCGGACCACUACUCUCGGAAGUCUGCUAUAUUCUGGGCAUGUAUCAUAUUCAUCAUCGGAACCGCCCUCCAGGCAUUUGCCCUUUCCAUAUUUUGGUUAGUCUUGGGUCGCGGUCUAGCGGGUAUCGGCGUCGGAGCACUCAGUUCGUUAUCUCCUCUCUACAUAACGGAAAUAUCGCCACCUGAACUUCGAGGCUCUCUGCUCGCUCUCGAGCAAGCCUACAUGGAAGGAAGAGCAUCCGUGAAAGACCCAUGGCUUAUCGCUGAGCUGAAAGGCUGGCGGAGGCUCCUCUCCACCAAGUACCGCGACAGGACGAUGGUGGGUGUGAUCGUCAUGGUGAUCCAGCAAUGGUCAGGUAUCAAUGCGCUUCUCUAUUACGGCCCUACGCUGCUCUCCUCGUUCGGUCUUGGAUCCUCGAACGCGACUUUGCUUGUAGCAGGCGGAGUGGGUAUCGUGCAGUUCUUGGCUGUCUUUCCGGCGAUAGCUGGUAUCGACCACUGGGGUCGGAAGGCGUUGCUCAGAGGCGGGAGUAUCGUGAUGGGCUGCGCUCAUCUAGUCAUUGCCAUGGUGAUUCACGAGGACUCGGAUGACUGGGCGGGACAUCGAACCGGUGCUUGGGUGGCUGUAACCUGCCUCUACGUGUUUACUUUUGCCUACGGGCUAUCGUAUGGCCCCGUGGGAUGGGUCCUGCCAUCAGAGGUAUUCCCCACCAGUAUCAGGAGUAAAGGUGUAGCGCUGAGUACCAUGAGUAACUGGACAAACAAUUUUUUGAUCGGCCUGCUCACGCCGGGUUUAAUCGAGCUUUCACCUGCAUGGACAUUCAUGGUUUUCUCCACGGCUUGUUUUCUCGGCUACCUGUGGUCAACGUACACUGUCCCUGAGACUGCUGGCGUCUCUCUCGAAGAAAUUGACAAGUUCUUCCGAAGUAGUGUCGGGAAGGAGGAUGCCGAACUGAGAGGAGAGAUCGAGAGGGAGCUAGGUCUGACGGACGUUAUCAGACGCAUCUGGGAAGACGGAAGAACGGAUUAAUGAGUGUAAAAUUGCUAUAUAUUGAAGGUAAUAUACCAGUCGCAGGGUAAUCGGUGCAUAUCAUGUUCAUCCUCG